AUAAAUUAUGGGUAAAAGUGUAUAAGUGUGUGUGGAGAUUUUGCUCCAUAUCGCCCCCUACAGCUUGUCCUGCGCUAUCACCAAAGAUACACACUUCCGGAAGUGUGUAUCAUUUUAGCCAAUCAGACAUCGCCUUAAAUCUCGUAUGCCAGAUGGUCUCGCGAGAUUUGAUACAUGAACAUAUCAACACUGAACAUGCAGUGGCCUACAUACACCUGGCUCUGAACAACAGAGCCAUCAUGUUAAAAAGGAGGAAGAGGAUACGGCCUGCUGAUGACGCAGUGUCGUAUAUUCUGUCUUCAAGGGACAAGCCUCUGUUCAAAGAAAUCUUUAUUGAUAGUAACAAAGGAAGAGGAGUGUUUGCGAGUCAGCCCAUUGAACAGGGAGCUUUUGUCUUGGAGUACAGGGGUGAACUACUAUCAAAGGAAGAUUGCCAGUCUAGACAAUACUCUGAUAAACAGAGUACAUUCCUGUACGAGUUUCAAUGGCAGAAACGUCACUGGUGUAUCGAUGCAUCCAGAGAGGAUGGAUCCCUUGGAAGAUUAGUAAAUGACAACCACAAAUCUCCAAACUGCAUCAUGAAAAAAAUCAUAGUCAACGACAGGCCACAUUUGUGCUUAUUUGCUGUUAAGAAUAUUGAAGCGGGAACAGAAAUUGAUUACAACUAUGGUGAUUCACAAUGGCCGUGGCGUAAAAAGGUGACAAGCCACCAGACAGAGACGCUCCCUGUUGAUCAAACAUCCCAUGAGGAUUCAGACAUCGAUGCUGCUACCACACAGAUGACAAGCCACCAGACAGAGACGCUCCCUGUUGAUCAAACAUCCCAUGAGGAUUCAGACAUUGAUGCUGCUACCACACAGGUGACAAGCCACCAGACAGAGACGCUCCCUGUUGAUCAAACAUCCCAUGAGGAUUCAGACAUCGAUGCUGCUACCACACAGGUGACAAGCCACCAGACAGAGACGCUCCCUGUUGAUCAAACAUCCCAUGAGGAUUCAGACAUCGAUGCUGCUACCACACAGAUGACAAGCCACCAGACAGAGACGCUCCCUGUUGAUCAAACAUCCCAUGAGGAUUCAGACAUCGAUGCUGCUACCACACAGGUGUGUACUGUCAAAGGUGUUUCCCUUGUGGAUUAUCUGUUAACUGAUGAAACAGAUGAGGAUUGUAUCGAAGACCAACCUCUGACUCCACACUGUGAUGACAUUUUUGGAAAGCAGAGUAGGAGUGAAAACAUUCUGAUGGAUAGAGUAUCCGAUUUUUCUGAGCCUCUGUAUGAUUCAAAUGAGACUAAAGUGGAGGAAACCGAUGAAGAGGAUUCUAUAAUAGGCCAUUCCAGUGUGCAAGCAGAUGGGGAACUUGUUCCAAAGCUGAGAAGGACGAAAAGCAUUCUGGUAAACAAACUGCUGCCAAACGAAGCUGGACACCAGAGGAAUGUGCAUGCAUGUGAAUGCAUCAUGAUGAGCCAAGUUCCAAGGAAAACAGACUGUCAGCGCUGCAUUACUGCCGAACCUCAAGCCCUUGCAAAUAGAGACUGGAAAGCAGUUAAAUUCUUCAUCAAAAAUCGAAUUACUGCCCUGAGGAGAAGAAAACUAUAGUGACAGCACUUCACUAAACGUGUAGAAACAUUAGGCUGGAGGGAGAACCCCUAAAAGUGUUUGUGCUCUUUCUCUAGUAAUUAGGGGUCCAAGCCCGAAGUGGCAUGGGAACCGCAUUUGCAAGGCAGUUUUAGUAGUUUUUGUUCUCCUU